AUGGCCGAUACCGCCGGCUACCCUACCGACGGCAAGCUGGAUGCCCACAACGUGCACACAAACAAGCGGAAGCGCGACACGCGCGAUCAAGGCCUCAACCGACCCGCUCCUCACCCCGCCAACAACGACUUGACCGACCAAGCGACUGCCUCCUUUCUUGCCGCGCACAACGCUGCCGACGACGAUAUGCAGCAGCAGUUCGACGUACACCACAACGGCGGGACCAACACCGCGAGUGUUGGGGACACUGCCGCCGCUGCGCUUGCCUACCACCAGAUGACAGUCCCCCAAGCGACGGAACUCCAGUUCCAGACGCAAAACUCCGGCGACGGUUCCUUUAGCAUGGGAGACCACAGUCAACAACAAACAGGCAUGCAGGACUUUAGUCUCGAGGCCUUGAAAGCUGCUACACAGACGGGCCGUCCCGGUCAAACAGCACCCAGCGACUCGCCGCCGCAAAGCGCUACCCACAAGCCUCAGGUCGGCACAGAGGAGUGGCACAAGGUACGGAGGGACAACCACAAAGAAGUCGAACGCCGCCGCCGCGAGACCAUCAACGAAGGCAUCAACGAACUAGCCAAGAUCGUUCCUGGUUGCGAGAAGAACAAGGGUUCCAUCCUGCAACGAGCCGUACAGUUCAUCACUCAGUUAAAGGAGAAUGAGCAACAAAACAUCGAGAAAUGGACUCUCGAGAAGCUGCUCACGGAGCAAGCCAUCACCGAGCUCAGCGCAAGUUGCGACAAGUUUAAAGCCGAAUGCCAACGAGCAUGGGAUGAGUGCCAAAUCUACAAGCGCGCAUGCGAGAACAACGGCAUCCUACCUGACGAGAUCAAAGAGCGUCAAGAGAACGGCGAACAGACUGGGGCAAAUCCUAUGUAG